AUGUCUUCCGAAGCACUUGUUGAAGAGUUUGAAGUAGGUUUCCACCCAGAGAACGAGAGGCAGAUCACCCAUUUAUCCCAGGUUCUCGAAGCUAUAUACCCCUCGGAACUCCAGAAAAUUUCGGAAACUUGUAUCCAGCUCGAGGUCGAGCCCGAAGACUAUGAUGAAGCGGAUGGAGAUGAAAGAAUCAAAGUGACUUUGGAAGUACAAUACCCUCCUCAAUAUCCCGACAUCCUACCGGAGUUGUCCAUAGAACCGAUCGAUGGUGAAUCAGAAAUUAGCGACUCGGAAAUACUGGAACUACUGGAGGAUCUUCGUUCUGUGGGAGAAGAAAACCUCGGAAUCGCUAUGACGUUUACACUAGUAUCUCGUCUCAGAGAGCAGUUAUCUGCACUUGUGAAGAAGAGAUAUGAGCGACGUCGAAGAGAAGAUAUGGAGAAGGAGCGACUUGCAAUCGAGGCGGAAGAGGCGCGGACGAGAGGAACACCCGUCACUGUCGAAUCUUUCAGGGCCUGGAAAGUCAAGUUCGAUCGGGAGAUGGUGGAGUUACAGAAGUUGCGCGAGGAAGAACGAUUGAAAGGCCUUAGUCCGAAAGAGAGAGACGAAUACAAACGUGUGGGAGGCCGUGCAUCCGGUCGACAGCUGUUCGAGAGGAAUAAAAACUUGGAAGACGACAACCUCAUGGAAGAGGGAACAGUAUCAGUCGAUGUCAGCCAAUAUGACCGGUCCGCCGCUCAUCAUGAAGAGGAAGACGACGAGGAAGAUGCACUGGCCUUCAGUGACAGUGAUUGAUUGGAAACGGUUGAGAUUCUGUUAACAUCGAUCACGACAAAAUGUAUUUCUACAGACCCUGUAUGUCCAUUCCGGCCCAAGAAGUGGCGUCUACG